UUUCACUGCAACUCUGAGGCGACGAUAAGAGGGCAUUGAAUAUGGGUAGUUGCCACAGGGAUACAAGCGUCGAGGACACGUGUCAAUAAGACUGGGAGAGUUGUUUAGAGGAUCGAGAAAGAUGGAUAAGUUCAUUCUGCUAUUUUUUAUUUUGCAGGUUUAUAGUUCAUUUGCGAAAUUGAACCUGAAAAGUAUAACAGGGAUCUAUGAAGUGAAGACUUUUAAAAAGUUUGUGAAGACCCAUAAGAAUGUUUUAGUUAUUUUCUCAAAAGAUGAUAAAUCUGCAAUUGAUGCAGUUAGAUGGUGUGAUGCUGUAGCGAAACAAAUAAAGGGUCAAGGUGACAUUGUUUAUAUAAAUUGUGGGGAGGACAAAGAAAGUAAAAAGUUAUGUAAGAAAUACAAGACCAGUCCAAGCCCUUUAGUGUUGAAGCAUUUCAAGGAUGGCAAUUUUCAUAAAUUAUAUGAUAGAAAGCAUACUGCAAAGUCUUUGCUAAAUUUUAUGAGAAACCCAACUGGUGAUGUUCCAUGGGAUGAAGAUGCAACUGCAAAAGAUGUAGUCCACAUAAAUACUAUUCCGGAAUUUAUCAAGCUUAGAAGGAAAGAAAAAGGAUCUUUGCUAGUUAUGUUCUAUGCCCCAUGGUGUGGACACUGUAAACGACUAAAACCAGAAUUUUCUGCAGCUGCAACAGAAGUCAAAGGGAGAGCGACUCUUGCUAGUCUUGACUGUGACAAACCUGAACUAUCUGAUAUUAAAUAUGAAUUCAACAUUACUGGCUACCCAACUUUAAUAUUUUUUGAAAAUGGCCAACAAAAGUUUGAUUAUGGUGGAAAAUAUUCAAAAGAUGGAAUUGUCGAAUGGCUUGAAGAUCCCCAACCUGCCAAAACUGAACCAGAAAGCGCCGAAGAAGAGUGGAAAGAUGUCCCGAGUGACGUGGUUCACUUAAAAAGCGACACAUUUGACACUGUUGUUUCAAAUUCAUCUUCUGUUUUGGUAAUGUUUUACGCUCCAUGGUGUAGUCAUUGCAAAAAGAUGAAACCGGAGUACAUUGAAGCAGCUAAACGAAUGAAGGACGAAAAUGUUGAUGGAAUCCUUGCAGCUGUUGACUGCACCAAAGAACAAUCUCUAGGGAAAAAAUACGAUAUUUCUGGCUUUCCGACAGUGAAAUAUUUUAGAUUUUUAAACAAGCAGCAUUUCAAGGAUGGCAAUUUUCAUAAAUUAUAUGAUAGAAAGCAUACUGCAAAGUCUUUGCUAAAUUUUAUGAGAAACCCAACUGGUGAUGUUCCAUGGGAUGAAGAUGCAACUGCAAAAGAUGUAGUCCACAUAAAUACUAUUCCGGAAUUUAUCAAGCUUAGAAGGAAAGAAAAAGGAUCUUUGCUAGUUAUGUUCUAUGCCCCAUGGUGUGGACACUGUAAACGACUAAAACCAGAAUUUUCUGCAGCUGCAACAGAAGUCAAAGGGAGAGCGACUCUUGCUAGUCUUGACUGUGACAAACCUGAACUAUCUGAUAUUAAAUAUGAAUUCAACAUUACUGGCUACCCAACUUUAAUAUUUUUUGAAAAUGGCCAACAAAAGUUUGAUUAUGGUGGAAAAUAUUCAAAAGAUGGAAUUGUCGAAUGGCUUGAAGAUCCCCAACCUGCCAAAACUGAACCAGAAAGCGCCGAAGAAGAGUGGAAAGAUGUCCCGAGUGACGUGGUUCACUUAAAAAGCGACACAUUUGACACUGUUGUUUCAAAUUCAUCUUCUGUUUUGGUAAUGUUUUACGCUCCAUGGUGUAGUCAUUGCAAAAAGAUGAAACCGGAGUACAUUGAAGCAGCUAAACGAAUGAAGGACGAAAAUGUUGAUGGAAUCCUUGCAGCUGUUGACUGCACCAAAGAACAAUCUCUAGGGAAAAAAUACGAUAUUUCUGGCUUUCCGACAGUGAAAUAUUUUAGCGAAGGCGAAUUCAAAUAUACAGUAAGGGAGAGAACAGCUGACAAAAUCGUGGAUUUCAUGAAAGACCCAAAGGAGCCUCCACCACCACCCCCACCAGACCAACCCUGGAGCGAAACAUCUGGCAAAGAGAUCCUUCACCUCGAUGACCUCACCUUUAAAGAUUCUCUAAAGAAACGAAAGCAUGUUCUUGUCAUGUUCUAUGCACCAUGGUGUGGGCACUGCAAAAAAGCAAAACCAGAAUACGAGAAGGCAGCCUUAGAGUUUGUUGACGACAGAAAGGUGACAUUUGCUGCGGUAGAUUGUACGAUCAGUCAAGCAACAUGCGAAUCAUUUGAUGUCUCUGGCUAUCCAACAUUUAAGUACAUAAACUAUGGAAAGAAAACAUUGGAUUACCAAAGUGGAAGGGAGACGAAUGAUUUCAUCAAUUUUAUGAAAGAUCCAAAAGAAGGUCCACCGCCGCCACCUCCAGAGAAAGAAUGGUCUGAGCAUCCAAGCAAGAUUCAUCACCUGUCUGAUAACGAUUUCGAUUCAUUUAUGAAAGAUCACAAUUCAGUUUUGGUCAUGUUUUAUGCCCCAUGGUGUGGUCAUUGUAAAGCAAUGAAGCCAGCAUAUGAAGAGGCCGCAGAAGAACUUCAAAGUCAAGGGGCCUCUGGAGUCCUGGCAGCAGUCGACUGCACCAAAAACUCAGCUUUACGUGACAAGUAUGAGAUCAAAGGAUUUCCAACUUUGAAAUACUUCAGGUUAGUAUAUUUAAACGGAGAAUCGAAGGUCAAGUACGAAAGUGGACGCACGAAAGAGAAUCUUGUGAAAUUCAUGCUCAAUCCAGGCAAAGCAAUCCCACCUCCUGCAACAGACUGGAGCGAAGAAUCCAAGCAUGUCGUUUUUCUCACUUCAAAUACUUUUGAUGAGUUUGCAAAAGACAAAUCUGAUAUGCUGGUGAUGUUUUACGCUCCUUGGUGUGGCCAUUGCAAUAAAAUGAAACCUGCUUAUUUCGAGGCAGCUAAAGUACUGAAGGAAGACAUGCCUGAUUCGGUCCUGGCUGCCGUGGACUGCCAGGCAAAUCCAGAUGUUGCCGAGAAAUACCAUAUCAAGGGAUUUCCUACACUGAAAUUUUUCAAAAAUGGUCAGCAUGCUGCUGAUUAUGAAGGAGGACGCGGCAUCGAUGAAAUUUUGGAUUUCAUGAAAAGAGAGAAUAAGGGCAAAAAGAGUUCACCCGCAAUAGACAAAGAAAAAUGGAGUAACCUCCCUAGCUCUGUUGUUCAUCUGACGGCCGAGAACCUUGACUCCGCACUUUCCAGCAGCGAGCAUUCGCUUGUCAUGUUCCAUACAUCAGUUUGCCAACAAUGUUAUAAAAUGAGACGUGACUACAUGAAAGCAGCCUCCAGAACGGUUAGUAAGAAGUUCAAGCUAGCCGCACUGGACUGUGAUGAUUACUCAGAGUAUUGCAAAGAAAACAAAAUUGCGAACUUCCCCGUCGUCCGAUAUUACUUCAAAGGAAUUCACAUUGAAGAUGUUACUAUCGAUAAUAACCCAUCACCAGAGCUAUUCAUACAGUUCUUGGAAAAGAAAUCACACAAAGAUGAACUCUAGACUGGACCCAUUUAGUUUUUCAAUUUGUUACAUGAUUCCAGAUUUUAAUAUUUUUCAAGAUUUUGAUGAAUGAAACUUCUUGUUAA